AUGAGGGGUAUCUAUUCUAUUGCCUGGCUUGUUCCUGUCCUGGAACUGGCCGUGGCUGCCAGAGCACCCAUCAAGAAGACCCUAACCGGCCAUAUUGACCCUGUCCAGGUCUUCUCCUUUGUCUAUGUGCCAUUUGAAGUGGAAGUCGGGACAACAUCUAUCUAUGUCCUACAGAACUACUCGAACAAAGGGCAGGGAAAUGCCCUUGAUAUUGGGAUCUUCGACCAGCGAGGGUACCAGAUGAUGGACGCACAGAAUGGCGCCACGGGCUCUCGAGGCUGGUCCGGUGGUUUCAGAAACAACUUCACCAUCACACCCUCCUGGGCCACACCCGGCUACAACCCCGGUGCCAUCGAACCAGGCACCUGGAACGUCGUCCUUGGCCCGUACACAUCCGUCCCCGAGGGUAUCGACUGGCAGCUCGACAUCCAAAUGUCCUUCGACCUCGUUGACUCGUGGUUCUCCCCCUACUACGCCACCACCAGCCUGGACCCCCUCUGCAACGGCUGCCAGGAAGUCUCGGCAUGCACCUGGCUGCGCGGCGACUUCCACAUGCACACCGUCUACUCGGACGGCAAAUACACGCCAGAUCAACAAAUCCACAACGCUCUGGCCCGGAAUCUCUCCUUCAUCUUCUUCAGCGACCACAACACCGACACCAGCAACCAGAUUAUCGGCGCCUACCAGGCCUCUCUGGCCCCGGAUCUGCUCAUCGGCCGCGCCAUUGAGGUCACCACCCGCUACGGCCACUGGCAGGCCGUCGGGCUCGACCGCGGCCAGAUCAUUGAGUGGCGGUACCAGCCCGAUGACAACCCCGGCUUCGCGGCCGCCGCGCACCAGGUCCGCCGCGUGGGUGGCUUCGUCUCAGCCAACCAUCCCUUUGCAACUUGCCCCGCAUGUAACUGGAGUCUCGGGUGGGAGGAGAUUGAGGCGGUGGAAGUGUGGAACGCCCAGUGGGACGACCAGGAUCAACAGGCGGUCCAGAAGUGGCAAGAGCUGCUUGUAAAUGGGAAAUUCCUGACCGCCAUUGGAGGCAGCGAUUCUCACUCGCCCCCGUCGUUGAACGGGUGGCCGACUACAAUCGUCAAGGCGAGGGGACGUAGUCAGGCUGCGAUUGUGGAGGGUGUCAAGGCUGGCCGGGCGUAUCUGGUUCAAGGACCUGGUAUGGACCUCGCGUUUGAGGUGCGCGUUCCCUCGCUGGAGGCUCCCGCGCAGAUUGGUGAUAAGCUCCGGAAGAGUGCUGCCGGGGCCAGGGCUGUAUUGGUCACUGAGGGGCUGUCGAAGCUCAAGGCUUGCCUUAUCUCGGAUAAGGGGUACUUCUAUAAUACUACCAUUAAAGAUGGAAUACGGAUUAAGAAGGUUGUGCCUCCUGGCGCCAAGUUUGUUCGGGUGGAGGUCCGCAAUGGCACGACUGAUGAGGUGCUGGCCUUGACCAACCCGGUUUGGUUCUUGGGUUCUUGA